UUUAAAAUAUAAUGGCUAGUCUUCCAAAUCUUCUUGUCAAGAAACUCUCUGAUAAAGGCAAAUUACCUACACGUGGGUCGGCACAAGCAGCUGGUUACGAUCUUUAUAGUGCUGCCGAUAUUGUGAUCCCUGCUCAAGGUAAAGUGAUUGUUCCUACAGAUAUUUCCAUUGCUGUACCAGAAGGCUGUUAUGGUCGGGUAGCACCUCGAUCUGGUUUGGCUGCUAAACAUUUUAUUGAUACUGGUGCUGGCGUGAUUGAUGCUGAUUAUCGUGGUCCUGUUGGUAUUGUGUUAUUCAACUUUUCAAAAGAAGAUUAUCAAGUGCGUCAAGGGGAUCGUGUAGCUCAAUUAAUUUUGGAAAGAAUUUUUACUCCUGAAGUCAUGGAAGUACAAGAUUUGGAUGCCACUGUGCGUGGUGCGGGAGGUUAUGGAUCUACUGGUCAUCAAUAAAACAAAUCUUAUAUUGGAUCUCUUUUAUAUAUAUAGAAUUAUAUUGUUUAUACAUCAAGAAGAUGUCAAUUUUUUUAGAUGUUGUUAUGCAUACCUUUUUAAUAAUAAAAAAAUAGAAUACGUUUAUGAAAUGAUGAAUGAAUCACAGUUGAUUGUGUCAUACGUCGUGGAAAAACUUUCGCACGAUGUUGGAACGGCGAUUGGACUUCGCGACGUUUUUAGCAAAUUUUGACUGAUAAAGAUGGCGGGGGGACCCUUUUUUUCUUUUCUUUUUCUUUUUUUCUUCUUCUUUUGUUUUCUUUUUCUUUC